AUGGUAUUGGGAAUUUCUUCCAUGACCAUGACCACGUCCUCAUCCUCGUCCAUGUCUACAACUCGCUCAAAUCGAUCCCCCUGCUUCAAGAGAUCCGCCAUCAGCCGACCCGGAACCACAAACCCCAAACCCAAAAUCGCCUUCCUCUUCCUCACCAACUCUAACCUCUCCUUUGCUCCACUAUGGGAGCUCUUCUUCCAAGGCAACUCCCAUCUCUACAACAUCUACAUCCACGCCGACCCCACCUCCUCAUUCGUAUCCCCUGGUGGAAUCUUCGCCAACCGAUCCAUCCCUGCCAUACACACUAAACGUGCCUCCCCCACACUCAUUGCAGCUGAGAGGAGGCUUCUUGCUGCCGCCCUCGCUGACGACCCCUUGAACCUCUACUUCGCCCUGCUGUCCCAACACUGCAUCCCCCUCCAUUCCUUCCGCUUUCUUUAUCGUACCCUCUUCACAGAGACCGUCCGCUUCCCCUAUCGAAGCUUUAUCGAGAUCCUAUCCGGUGAGCCCAAUUUGGAGGAGCGAUAUGUGGCUAGAGGGGAAACGGCGAUGCUGCCGGAGGUCCCGUUCGAGCAGUUCAGGGUAGGUUCGCAGUUCUUUGUGUUGACACGGCGACACGCGAUGAUGGUGGUGAAAGAGAAAAGAUUGUGGAGGAAAUUCAACCAACCGUGCUUCAACAGACACACCUGUUACCCGGAGGAGCAUUACUUUCCUACAUUCUUGUCUAUGGAAGAUCCCCUGGGCUGCACCCACUAUACCCUCACUCGGGUUAAUUGGACUGGCAAUCUUGAUGGCCACCCCCAUUUGUACGGUCCGGAUGAGGUGUCGCCGGAGCUUAUAUACGAGUUGAGGAUUUCCAAUUCGACCUACUCUUUCAUGUUCGCUCGGAAGUUUUCGGUGGAUAGCUUGGAACCCUUGAUUCAGAUUGCUAAGCCUGUGAUUUUCAGUGACUGAUUUUGGAUACGGUAAGCAAAGCAUAAUCGCUUUAGCUUCAUGUCUAUUUUCUUAAGUAGUUUUUGUGCCUUUCUAAAAUCAAUAAUGCAAGUUUGGGAGUAGGU